GGCUGGGUGGGGACCAUGGCCGUGAUCACCACCAUCGAGGCGGUGAAGCGCAAGAUCCAGGUUCUGCAGCAGCAGGCCGAGGAUGCAGAGAAGAGGGCCAAGCGCCUCCAGUGGGAAGUGGAGGGAGAAAGGCGGGCCCGGGAACAGGCUGAGGCUGAGGUGGCCUCCUUGAACUGUAGGAUCCAGCUGGUUGAAGAGGAGCUGGACCACGCUCAAGAGCGCCUGGCCACUGCCCUGCAAAAGGUGGAGGAAGCUGAGAAAGCUGCUGAUGAGAGUGAGAGAGGUAUGAAGGUUAUUGAAAACCGAGCCUUAAAAGAUGAAGAAAAAAUGGAACUCCAGGAAAUCCAACUCAAAGAAGCUAAGCACAUUACAGAAGAGGCAGAUAGGAAGUAUGAAGAGGUGGCUCAUAAGUUGACGAUUAUUGAGGGAGACUUGGAACGCACAGAGGAGCGAGCUGAGCUGGCAGAGUCCCGUUGCCAAGAGAUGGAUGAGCAGAUCAGACUGAUGGACCAGAACCUGAAGUGUACCACUGAUUUAGCCAUAUGAAACUCAUCUCAUCAC